AUGAUCAGAGCGGAUCAGAGCAAACCGGCAUGUCUGUUUUUAUUCGGCUGCUGCGCCGGGAAAGGAGACGACUUGGGCAAGCAGCAGAUCAUCGGCGAGGAUCUUGCCAAUGCUCGUGAUCUGCUUGGCCCCUUCAAGACCUUCCGCACCUCCAUAUACGCCUCAAGGACCACCCGCUCCCCAACGUCCCCCGGGUCCGACAGGUCCAUGUCUUCCUCAUCCAGCGGCAGAGGCCAGGGAGGUCUCGCCGCACCACCAGCCGCUCCAGCCUCUCUCUCGGCCAAGGCCACCAGCGACCCAGUCCUCCGCAACACGCUGCGGUACACCAUCUCGGCACGCGAAUACGCCCUCCUCCACCGAUAUGUCUUGUCCAAGUCCCGCCAGCUCAAGAAGCGCGUGCCUACGGUCGAGACGGUCAACCGCAUCAUGAACGGUGACACCGGGGGCAGCAGCGACAGGAAGGGAAAGGCAAAAGCCAAGGAAGGCACUGCCCCAGUGGACAUGAGCGUCGCCGACGUGGGCAGCACAAGCGCAGGAGUGAACGCCGGGGCUGGCGCCAUCCUGGGCGCGGACGACUACAACGCGCGCGCCGUGCGGCACUCCAUCCGGGUCUUUGCCACCACCGCUGUCGCGAUGAAGGCCUGGGGCGUGAUCGCGACGAGAUUCAUGGGCCAGAAGCAGGACCCGAAGCUGAAAAAGCAGCCGCUGCACAAGUCGCCCGUCUUCCGGCUAUCCCUGUCACUGAGCAGCAUCUUGCUCCUGUACAGGCUGCUGUUCCGCUUCUUUACCAGGCUGCGGCUGCAUAUCCUCGACGCAUCUGCGGAGCCGUUCAGGAAGAGGAACCCCAGGACUGCGAAUACACUCACCUCGCCGUAUGCGCCUGCGGUUGGCGCGUCCCUGGCGGGUCUGGCGCUGGGUAUCUAUCCGGCUGAACAAUUGCGCGUCACUAUUGCGAUAUAUGCCAUGUUUCGGGCGUUGGAGUUUAGUUGGAACUUUGCCGAGGAUGGGGGCUUGGUGUGGGGGAGAGAGAAGAAUGGGCGGAUGAAGAAGAGACCGUGGUGGUUCGGCAGCUGGUUGCUUCAGCCGUUCGCAUUUGGCCAGCUCCUGCACUCGUUCGUCUUUGACCUGGACUGCUUCCCUACGGCCUACGGCGACUUCAUCAUGAAGAAUUCAUCGGCGUACUUGCACCAGCGACCAAAGGACUAUCCUGCGGGCUUGAAGUGGCCGGGCACGCGGGAGGUGGUAGACAGCCUGGGUCAGAUGGCUCGGAUUAAUUGGCCGCCCUAUGUCUCACCAACUCUCUUCCCUAACAAGGAGGAGACCCUUCCGCCCACGCUCACGAACAUAUCUCCCCUCACGGCCCCGGCGCACCCUCUCAUCACAGCCCUUAGCUGCGCGACCUUGCACCCACAAGAUCCAUCGUGCAGCCGCACGUUCCUGACCUUCUGGCUGCGCUCCUUCCCGCCCCUGACGCGCUUCUUCCUGCUCAUCUACUCCGCCUUCCUGGUACCACGGUACAAGGCGCUGUACAACUUCCCGUUCACGACGCUUAACAAGCUCGUCAUGAACGCGCUGCGCAUGAGCGCCUUCGUCACGGGCUCCAUCUCGUCCGCCUGGGCGUCCAUCUGCUUCUUCCAGACGUGGCUGCCGCGGUCCUUCCUCGCGACGCAGCGCUUCUUCCUCGGCGGGUUCCUGGCCGGGUUCUGGGCUUGGGUCGAGCGCAAGCACGGCCGCGGCGUGUUCCUGUACUCGGCGCGGGCCAGCGUCGACAGCCUCUGGAAGGUCGGCGUCAAGCGGCGCUGGUGGAAGGCCAUGAGGGCGGGCGACGUGUGGGUGUUCGUGCUGGCCGUCAUGCUCACGGGCGCCGUGUACGAGAGGGACGCCAGGGCCGUCAGGGAGGACAGUUGGAGGAAGGGUAUCUCCUGGAUCAGGGGGCAGGGGUUCAGAGACUGGGCCAUCGAGGAGGAGGAGCUCAGUGACGAUGGGCAGUCGGAUGUCGAAGAUGGUGGGAGCGACGCAGAGAGCGAGUUCGUGGAGAGCGUCGAGUUUGUCGAGCGCGCUUCCUAG